CCAGAAUGCCGCCGUUCCCGGAAGUGGCGCGCUUUCCCUCAAGCGUUGAGAGAGAGGAAGAGAGGAGGCGGGUGGCUAGUCGAGCGUCGCGGGGCAGGCCAGGAUGGAGGAGGACGAGCUGGACUUGGCCGACGAGCUGGAGGCCGCCCUGCAGCUGGCGCCGGAGGUGCAGCUGGCCAUCGAGCAGGUGUUUCCGAGUCAAGAUCCGUUGGACCGAGCUGACUUCAACGCUGUGGAGUACAUCAACACGCUUUUCCCAACUGAGCAAUCUUUGGCAAACAUUGAUGAUGUGGUGAACAAGAUCAAGCUGAAAAUAAGGCGUUUGGAUGAUAACAUCCGGACCGUGGUGAGAGGUCAGACAAACGUCGGGCAGGAUGGCCGCGAGGCGCUGGAAGAAGCCCAGAAGGCUAUUCAGCAGCUCUUCGGCAAGAUUAAGGACAUCAAGGACAAAGCUGAGAAAUCUGAGCAGAUGGUGAAGGAAAUCACCCGCGAUAUCAAGCAGCUGGACCACGCCAAGCGCCACCUGACCACCUCCAUCACGACCCUGAACCACCUCCACAUGCUAGCUGGCGGAGUCGACUCCCUGGAGGCAAUGACGAGGAGGCGGCAGUACGGGGAAGUGGCCAACCUCCUGCAAGGGGUCGUGAACGUGCUGGAGCAUUUCAACAAGUACAUGGGGAUCCCGCAGAUUCGGCAGCUUUCUGAGAGGGUGAAGGCUGCCCAGAACGAGCUGGGGCAACAGAUCCUGGCAGAUUUCGAGGAAGCGUUUCCCUCUCAAGGCACAAAGAGGGCUGGAGGUCCCAGCAAUGUCCUGCGGGAUGCCUGCCUGGUCGCAAACGUCUUGGACCCCAGAAUCAAGCAGGAGAUCAUCAAGAAAUUCAUCAAGCAGCACCUCUCAGAGUACCUUGUGCUCUUCCAGGAAAACCAAGAUGUCGCCUGGCUGGAUAAAAUCGACCGGCGUUACGCUUGGAUCAAACGCCAGCUGGUGGAUUACGAGGAGAAGUACGUCCGCAUGUUCCCUGCGGAAUGGUGCAUGACCGAGAGGAUUGCGGUCGACUUCUGCCACAUUACCAGGACGGAGCUUGCAAAGAUCAUGCGGACGCGGGCGAAGGAGAUCGAGGUGAAGCUCCUUCUCUUUGCCAUUCAGAGGACCACAAACUUUGAAGGGCUGCUGGCGAAACGCUUCUCGGGUUGCACCCUCUCUGACACAGUGCCGAAGAAGGCUGAGCCUCCGCCUCCCAACACCAACCCCUUCCUGGAAGACGAAACCGUCCUGGAGUCGGACGAAGCCACGUUAGAAAAGGCCGACAUUGACAGGCCCAAAAAGCCGAAAGUUCCAGACAAUCCUUUUCAUGGCAUCGUCUCCAAGUGCUUUGAGCCUCAUCUCUACGUCUACAUUGAAUCCCAGGACAAAAACCUCAGCGAGCUGAUUGACCGCUUCGUGGGGGAUUUCAAAGCCCAAGGGCCCCCCAAGCCGAACGUGGACGAGGGCGGGGCUGUCCUGCCCAGCUGCGCUGACCUCUUUGUGUACUACAAGAAAUGCAUGGUGCAAUGUUCCCAGCUGAGCACCGGGGAGCCCAUGAUUGCCCUCUCCACCAUCUUCCAGAAAUACCUCCGGGAAUACGCCUGGAAGAUCCUCUCGGGAAAUCUGCCCAAGACGACCAGCAGCAGUGGGGGGCUGACUAUCAGCAGCCUGCUGAAGGAGAAAGAGGGUUCGGAGGUGGCCAAGUUCACCUUGGAAGAGCUCUGCCUGAUCUGCAGCAUCCUCAGCACAGCCGAGUACUGCUUGGCGACCACCCAACAGCUCGAAGAGAAGCUCAAAGAGAAAGUCGACGCCAGUCUGGUGGAGCGGAUCAAUCUGAUGGGGGAGAUGGAUACCUUUAGCAUAGUGAUUUCUAACAGCAUCCAGCUUCUGGUGCAGGACUUGGACGCUGCCUGUGACCCAGCUCUCACGGCCAUGAGCAAGAUGCAGUGGCAGAAUGUGGAGCACGUGGGCGACCAGAGCCCCUAUGUCACGUCGGUGAUCUUGCACAUCAAGCAGAACGUCCCCAUCAUCCGGGACAACCUGGCCUCCACCCGCAAGUACUUCACGCAGUUCUGCAUCAAGUUCGCCAACUCCUUCAUCCCCAAAUUUAUCAACCACCUCUUCAAGUGCAAGCCCAUCAGCAUGGUGGGGGCCGAACAGCUGCUUUUGGACACUCAUUCUCUGAAGAUGGUUCUGCUGGACCUGCCGUCUAUCGGGUCCCAGGUGGUGAGGAAGGCCCCGGCCAGCUACACCAAGAUUGUGGUGAAAGGCAUGACGCGUGCCGAAAUGAUUCUUAAGGUCGUGAUGGCCCCUCACGAGCCGCCCGUGGUGUUUGUGGACAACUACAUCAAACUCCUGGCCGACUGCAGUACCGACACCUUCCAGAAGAUUCUGGACAUGAAGGGUCUGAAGAGGAGCGAGCAGAGCAGCAUGCUGGACUUGUUCCGCCAGAGGCUCCCGGUUCCUCCCUCCGGAGGCGACAACGCCGCCUCCAUCUCCCUGGCGGCCCCUACGCCCGAGCAGGAAUCCUCGCGCAUCCGCAAGCUGGAGAAACUCAUCAAGAAGAGGCUCUAGGGGGCUUCUUCUUCUUCUUCUUCUUCCCCUCCACACCCUGCUGUCUCUUUCUCCAAGAUGAGCCGUGCCAGUUCUGGAACCCCCCUUGAGAUGGCUUCUUGCUCGGGCUGCUGAGAAUGAGCCUCCCCUUCGCCUGCUCCUGGUACUCCAGAUUCGAAUUCCUCAUCGCUCAUUUUGGGAAGAUCCUUGGACUGAGACUGCACCAGCCGGAAAAGUCACACAAGGGAGCUUUUCGGCUAUCCCGUACCACUUCAGACUCCAGUGAGGAACGUCUCCUGAGCCACUUUCAAAAAUAUAAAGGAAUCACCCCACAUAUUUCA